AGUCGUUAGACAGAGGAGCAGAUGUACAGGGUGCGCCUGACUCACACUCACGGUUGCAUAAGUAAGAUUUCAAAAUUAAUAUACUCUGGAGACCUCAACCUAGCGUACAAUGUUCCUGGCUGGAAAAGAAGAACUAUAUCAUUCUUUUUUUUCAAAUCUUUACCAUUACUUGCCGUUGUAUCUCCGCCUCCUGCAGGAAAUAUUAUUUCCUACUUCUGCACACCAAGUUUCUACCUCCAGAUCUGUUUGCUUCAGUUGCUGAGAAGCCUGACCCUCCAGUACCACUUGGGAGAAGCCAUCCACUGGACGGAGAAACAUGGGUGACAAUGGCACGUUUCCCCAGGCCAGCCACAACGUGCUGUCCACAUCGCAUUCUCUGUUCACGACCAAUAUCCAGGGCAGCGAGGAAGAACCCACCACCAUUUAUGACUAUGAUUACAGCGCGCCCUGUCAGAAGACCAGCGUGAGACUGAUCGCCGCCGGGCUCCUGCCCCCGCUCUACUCGCUGGUGUUCAUCUUUGGCUUCGUGGGCAACAUGCUGGUCGUCCUCAUCCUCAUCAACUGCAAAAGGCUGAAGAGCAUGACUGACAUCUACCUGCUCAAUUUGGCCAUCUCCGACCUGCUCUUCCUUCUCACCAUCCCGUUCUGGGCCCACUUCGCCGCGCACGGGUGGCUCUUGGGGGAGGUGAUGUGUAAGUCAUUCACCGGGCUGUAUCACGUCGGGUAUUUUGGCGGCAUCUUCUUCAUCAUCCUCCUGACCAUCGACAGGUACCUGGCGAUCGUCCACGCCGUGUUUGCCUUAAAGGCCAGGACGGUCACCUUUGGGGUGUUGACAAGCGGGGUCACCUGGGUGGUGGCCGUGUUUGCCUCUCUCCCCGGGAUCGUCUUCGCGAGAGUGGAAAGGGACGAAGAUUUUCUCACCUGCACUCCUCACUUUGCAAAAACAUGGAGGAGUUUCCAUACAAUAAUGAGGAGCGUCUUGGGGCUGGUCCUGCCCCUGCUUGUCAUGGUCGUCUGCUACUCGGCCAUCCUCAAGACCCUGCUCCGGUGCCGAAACGAAAAGAAGAGGCACAAGGCCGUGAAGCUCAUUUUCGUGAUCAUGAUCGUGUACUUUCUCUUCUGGGCUCCCAACAACAUCGUGCUUCUCCUGAGCACCUUCCAGGAGUCCUUUAACGUGAGCAACUGUCAGAGCACCAGUCAGCUGGACCAAAUCAUGCAGGUGACAGAGACCCUUGGGAUGACACACUGCUGCGUCAAUCCCAUCAUCUACGCCUUCGUCGGGGAGAAGUUCAGAAGGUAUCUCUCCGUGUUCUUCCGAAAGCACAUCGCCAAACGCCUCUGCAAACAGUGCCCAGUCUUCUACGGGGAGACCGCGGAUCGAGUGAGUUCCACCUACACGCCUUCCACAGGGGAGCAGGAGGUCUCGGCUGGCUUGUAAAUGAGUAGCAGUUCGCUUCUUACUUAUAAGAGGGUACGGCAAUGUGUAUAUGAUAAUAAAGCCUCAAGGGUCUGUUGCAGCAAGGAGGCCUGUGAGCCUCUGAGGCCAGUGCCCAGGAACCUCAGGGUCGUGCGCCCUAAGACAGAUUUUGUCCCUCCCUUGGAAGCCAGUGCACGCUCAGGCGAUAGUCCAGAAGAACCAUGGGUGGAGACUGUGACUUCUCCAACCAGCUCUUCCCAGUUCCUGGAAAACGCUACACCAGGAAAUUGCUUAUGUGCUUCUCCCAGCCUUCGCCUUCACUUCAAUGGCUCUGUAAUGCUAUCCCCUUGGUCAAGGGCCCAGCCAGAGGCGGGGAGGGGGGCGAGUGGGCACGGGCGGAUGGUGUGAGGGCACGUGGGGUCAGACACGAGUGUCAGGAGGUGGGAGGUGUGGGCUUGGCUGAGCCUGGGUGAGGAGGAUGGGAAGGCCUUCGUUGGUCCAGCCAGACAGCCGUGCCGCCCCCAACCUCGCCUCCCACCCAUAUUAACCUGGAAGGCCCUACCUGCUCAGAGAGAGUUUGGGAACCCCAAGAACCCUCUGAGAGCUUCAUCUGGGUCCGAUCACCCUCUCCUGUGUAAGUACAUGACACAUUUUUGCUUUGUUGCCAUCUAUCUCUGACAACCACGCAGCCUACAUUUGAAAUCUAUUCAAUAUAGUGCCCCAUUGUUCAUGUGCGUUGUAAGUCAAAUCCCCGUAUGUAAAAAUGUAUGAACGUGUUUGUUUAUAAAAUCUGUGUGGUCUAUAAUGAGAUGAAAAAUAAAAGCCCUCGUUUGGUCUGUGCAAGGAAAGGGGAGGUUUGCAGGUAGUGAUGGGGAGAAGGUGUGAAGGCAGAUGACUUCCUGGAUCAGGAGGACAGGGGCUGUAGCAAGAGCUCGGGAGGCUGUGUGAGGCCCCAUGAAGCAGUUUUUCCAGAAUCAGCUAGGAGGAGAGGCCAGGAAGGAUGCGCCAGGACCCAAAGAGGCCUCAGUUCUUUGGAUCUGACUGUGUUUAUCUUCUUGUUGCCUGUCCCUGCUGCCCUGGCCCCAUCUGCCACCCCACCCCCCGAGACUUCAUCACAUCAUUCUUGCCCGCAGGAUUGCCCUGCCCCAGAGCCAGCUCGCGGAGGUCCAGAAAGUAGCCUUGGGGAGUAGAAAAUGGUGCAGCUAGAAUCCCUCCGUCAGCUCGAGAGAGGGGGAACAGCUGGUGGGGGCCUUGGGGUGUGUUGCUGGGGCAGAGAAGGGGCCGGCAGAUGGGGUAGAGGCCCCUGCCUUGGAAGUCAUACCCCAGCCUGUGAAUCUCGGGGUCUAACUGCACAGACGGGGUGGGCCUACACAAGGAAGACUCUUGAUGGGUUGGGGAAAAUGUUUUCCAAACUACCUUCCAGCACCUCAUUUUUGGAUCCAGGCAUAGAGUUCACAUAUGUAAAAAAAAAAUAGUAAUAAUAAUAAAGUAAAAAUAAAAGUAAAGCUGAAACUGUAACUUGCAAAUGGGACAGAGUAUCAUUUUAAGAGUUGCUAUUAUGUCAAGCCUGAAAAUACCGUAUUAGUCACAGAGAGAAUUCUGGUUUUGAGUUAGAAUGUGGAAGCCUGUGGUGUGUUUGGGAGACUACCAAUUCAACAUGAAUAGUUGUUGCUCAGGGAGUCUGGGGUCUGGUCUAGGGGCUUAGUAGCUCAUGGUGAUGCAGUGUCUAACUCGUACCGUUUGGAUCCUAGUGCACACUCCACAGGCGGCAUCUCAACGGGAUCUCUAUUCUCGAAGCUUUGCGGCCACAAAUCCUUCUGUGUCAUUAUGAAGUCUAGGGAGUCAUGGGUUUGAUUGCGUUCAAAUGCUUCUGUGCUCUGCAAAUGUCAUUCAUGUUCAAAUUGUCCGGUUUGGAGUGGGAACUCCUAAAUCACAUUGACCCCUAAUCGAACUUUUAAACCCUAUUUGUAAAGGAGAGGAGUUGGCUCACUUAAGUCAGCAAGACUUUUAUCUUGGGUGAGUCAAGUUAAGAAUGUACACACGGGUGACCCAGCGCGUUUCUGAUCUGACACAAGCAGGAAACACAGGGCAUCUGGAACCUGGUGGCUCGGGAGCUCUAAGCGAUGAUGAUUCUCCUUGCCUGCUUCAUGGCUAUAGAGAUGGUUUCAGAAAGAAGUGUGUGUGUUCGGGGUGCGGAGAGCACGCUUGGCCUUCCGAUAUUUGUAGUAUCCUCACCAAUGCAUGAAGUUUUGUUUGGAUGAUGAAAUGUAAAUAUUGGGGUUUUUUAAACUAUGAUUUGGAAAAUGAGUUAAUGCUUUAAUGUUGUUUACAAAACUAUCUGAUUAGUGACUCCCCAUUUUCUCCUCCACCCCCCCCAACCGCAGCCUCUGUUAACCACCAUUCUAUUCUUUACAUCCAUGAUUCUAUUUUAGGUACCUCGUGUAAGGGGAAUCACAUAGCAUUUGUCCUUCUAUGACAGGUUUAUUUCACCCAGCCUAAUGUCCCCAUGGCUCACCCAUGUCGCUGCAUACGGCAGGACGUCUUCUGUAUAAGGGCAAAUAAAAUAUUCCAUUGCAUGUAUAUACUGCAUUUUCUUUUUAUGUUUAUCAAUAUGCAUAAAAUUUCAGUUGUACAAGAUGAGAAGUUCCAAACAUGUGCUUACAACAUUGUCCCUGCUGAUACAAUACUGUAUUGUCCAUUUAAAAAUCUGCUAAGAGGGUAGAUGGCAUGUUAAGUGUUCUAACCAUAAUAAUAAUAAUAAUAAUAAAAAGCCUGCCUGUUUUGUUA